AUGAGCAUUUUAUACAACUGCGUGGAGGCUGCCAAUCAUUUGGUACCUCCGGGCUCAUCUGCCCCACGAUACACGCCCAAGGAGGCACAGAUCCCAGAUGCCUUUCCGGCGAGCGCAAAGACAACACCUGGAGGAGUUGAGGCAAUUGCAAAGCCGCUGCGCGGACAGCGUCUCGAGUGCCAUGAUUCCCCGCCUACAUGGAAGGAUGCAAAGAACAACAGCUGCUACCAGUACGAGAGAGGACAAUGGUGCAAUGCACAGGGUCAAGCCGGCUCUGGCUGGAAUGCCACCUGGGGGGCUUUUCUUGAAUGGUCCAAGAACAUCGCAGGAGGUCCUGUAGCUGCCUGUUGCGCCUGCGGCGGCGGUGUGAAGUUUGUUGCCUCCGUAGAAAGUCGGCGUCCAUUGUCUUCCCGCCGACUGGUAGCUCCAGAGGAUCGCUUGGACAUGGAGUCCUUGGUUGCACCAACAGAGACGCUUCCGGAGGAGUUUCGGGACGUUGCCCCUGUGAUGGCUCCCUUGGAUUGGAUCCCAUCGAAGUUCGCUCACAUACUGGGAGCUUCGGAGCAACAGAGGCAGCGGCCCGACGUGCUCGGUCUUUCUGCACGCUUUUUUGCAGCUCUACCGGGCGACGAUUGCUCAGGUCCUCUGCCUGUUGCCUCGGCCAUUGACCGAUCACUGGACUAUCGUGCGGGCUUCACCGGAGGCUUCCAACGCUAUCUUCAGGACCGCGCCAAGCAUGCUACGAAAGGUGGCUUCUUCUAUGGCAAGUGGACAGGAACGAUCAACAUUGUACAGGCCGGCACGUACUUGUUUGACCUUGCGCUUGGCUUUGACACGACUAGCUCCAUCAAGAUCGACGGGAAGGAGUUCCUGACCAUGGGGCAGUGCUUGUCAGCCAAG